AUGGUUGACAAAAUCAUAAAUGAUAACCAAACAAUGAAAACACAAAUCAACACUCUAGAAAACAAAAUUGAAUUUCUUGAACGUCGAUUAAUUGCAAAUGAAAUAGUCAUCGAUGGUGUUCCCGAAAACAAAUUGGAAAAUUGCUAUGAAAUAAUGAAAACCAUUGGUACACAGUUAAAUGUAAAAAUCACGGACCCUAUGCUUAACGAUUGUUAUAGAAUAGGACGUGCAGAAAAAAAUCGAACUAGAAGAAUAGUGGUAGGAUUUACAAAUCGCCAAGACAAAGCCAAAAUACUAGAUUCACGUAAAAUCAUAAGAAAUUUGUCCACAAAAAAAAUUGGUAUGGAAAUUGAUGUGCCAAUAUAUAUUAGGGAAAAUCUAACACCGAAAAGCAAUAUUUUGUUCAAAGAAGCUAGAGACCUCCGUAAACAAUUUGGGUUCCAAUUCGUUUGGAUUAAAAAUGGACUGAUUUUUCUUCGCAAAAAUGAAUUAGAAAAAAUUAUUCACGUUGCCAAUGAAGAGGUAAUUCAAAAACUAAGAUUAAACUUAAACUCAACUUAUUUAAACUAA